AUGGCCGCCGCCGCCUCCCGCUCCGCCGCCCUGCGCCGCCCGCGCCUGCCGCUGCUGCUGCUGCUGCCGCCGCCACCCGGGGCCGCCCGGCCCGGGCCGCGCCCGCGCUCCUCGGGGCCGCCCACCAUGGAGCCGCAGCCCGCCGCCCGCGGCUGGCUCACGGGCCUGCGCUUCGACAACCGCGCCCUGCGGGCGCUACCCGUGGAGGAGCCGCCGCCCGGCGGGGACCCGGCCCCGCGGCCCGUGCCGGGCGCCUGCUUCAGCCGCGUCCGGCCCUCUCCGCUGCGCGAGCCGCGCCUCGUGGCGCUGUCGGCCCCGGCGCUGGCGUUGCUCGGCCUGGGCCCCCCGCCGCCGCCGGGAGCCGGGCCCGAGAGCGAAGAGGAGGCGCGGAAGGAAGAGGAGGCCGGCGCCGGGGCCGGGGCGCCCGGCUCCGGGGCCGAGGCCGAGCUGGAGCUCUACUUCAGCGGCAACGCGCUGCUGCCCGGCUCGGAGCCCGCCGCGCACUGCUACUGCGGCCACCAGUUCGGCAGCUUCGCGGGGCAGCUGGGCGACGGCGCCGCCAUGUACCUGGGCGAGGUGCUGGGCCCGGGCGGCCAGCGCUGGGAGCUGCAGCUCAAGGGCGCCGGCCUGACGCCCUUCUCCCGGCAGGCCGAUGGCCGCAAAGUUCUGCGCUCCAGCAUAAGGGAAUUCCUGUGCAGUGAAGCCAUGUUCCACCUGGGCAUCCCCACGACCCGGGCAGGCUCAUGCGUGACCUCAGAGUCCAAGGUGAUCCGGGACAUUUACUAUGACGGCAAUCCCAAAUAUGAAAACUGCGCGGUGGUGCUGCGUAUAGCCUCGACUUUCCUAAGGUUCGGCUCUUUUGAGAUUUUUAAACCCCCAGAUGAGCACACAGGGAGGAAAGGCCCCAGCGUGGGCCGGAAUGACAUACGGAUACAGAUGCUGGACUACGUCAUCAGCAGUUUUUACCCAGAAAUCCAGGCUGCCUUUGCAGAAAACAGCGUGCAGAGGAACGCAGCCUUUUUCCGGGAGGUCACUCGGCGCACAGCCAGGCUGGUGGCCGACUGGCAAUGCGUGGGCUUCUGCCAUGGCGUGCUGAACACGGACAACAUGAGCAUCGUGGGGCUCACCAUCGACUAUGGGCCCUUUGGGUUUAUGGACAGGUACGACCCCGACCACAUCUGCAACAGCUCAGACACGUCGGGCCGCUACGCGUACAACAAGCAGCCCGAAGUGUGUAAGUGGAACCUCCAGAAGCUGGCUGAGGCCCUGGUGCCUGAGCUGCCCCUGGAAGUCAGCGAGCGCAUUCUCGAGGAGGAGUAUGACACCGAGUUCGAGAAGCAUUACUUGCACAAGAUGAGGCGGAAGCUGGGCCUGAUCCAGCUGGAGCUCGAGGAGGACCGGGAGCUGGUAUCUGCCCUUCUGGAGACCAUGCACCUCACGGGGGCAGAUUUCACAAACACCUUCUACUUACUGAGCUCAUUCUCGGUGGCCCCAGAGCCCACCCAGGGGGCCUACUUCCUUGACCAGCUGGCCCAGCAGUGUGCCUCCUUGGAAGAAUUGAAGCUGGCCUUCAGGCCGCAGAUGGAUCCCAGGCAGCUCUCCAUGAUGCUCAUGCUGGCCCAGUCCAACCCUCAGCUCUUUGCUUUAAUUGGAACUAAAGCAAGCAUCAACAAGGAGCUGGAGCGCAUUGAGCAGUCCUCCAAACUGCAGCAUCUGUCUGCCGCUGAGCUCAUCAGUCGCAACCGCGAGCGCUGGGAGGCGUGGCUCCAGAGAUACAGAGCCCGACUGGAAAGAGACAUGCCACACGCCAGCAGCAUGAACACCUGGAACACGGAGCGUAUCAGAGUCAUGCGGUCCAACAACCCCAAGUACAUCCUGAGGAACUACAUUGCCCAGAAUGCGAUAGAGGCCGCAGAGCAGGGAGACUUCUCGGAGGUCAGGAGGGUGCUGAAGCUGCUGGAGAAACCGUACUGUGAGGAACAGGAGGAGGCCAUGGAUGGGCUGGCAGAGGCAGCAGAGAGUGGGGCGGUGGCCUCAGGCAGCAGCCUGUCCUACAGCAGAAAGCCUCCCCUCUGGGCUGCAGAGCUCUGUGUGACGUGAUCUUCGUAGCUGCCUUGUGGGCAUCUCCUGCCCUCAUGAACAAUCUCACAAGGCACCUCUGGGUAGCACUGAGUCACAAAACAGGCCAUUUGGUGGCUCUGGUUGGUCCUUCCACCUCUUCAGCUGUUGGGGGAGGGGCACACCUCAGCCCCCAAAUGGCUGUUUUUCCAUGAAGGCAAAGACAUCCAGUCAGUCUUGACCUGUCUCUGUCUGAUGCUGACUCAGUAGCCCAACACCAAGCCCCCAGACUCACUGCGUUUCCCGCUCCUGGCUCAUCAGAGCCCCUCUUCCUUUGCCUUUUCCUGAAGCUGUUCACGUAGUGACAGAACCAUUCUGAUCUGCCCCUUCUAAGGGGACGGUAAGACUAGAGACGGACCCAGCCGGUAGCAGAGGCACUGAAGAGGGGGAGGGGGUCCCAGGCAGAGCAGAGACCCUCCCCUGCCCCUGAAGAUCGAGUGCAGCCCAGCUGAUUGCUUCAUCUUCAGUGCCUUAGAAAGAGAAACUCAUCCCAUGAGGUCGGGAAGCAUUGCUGAGCUACACAUGGUGGUGGGGGGGGUGGAGGUCUUCCUGUCUGUACAAACAGCCCCCCAGCCACCCUCCAAUAAACAGCUUUAUGCUCCUGCU